CAAGAUGAUCCCAACCUAGCACUUCAUGAGGGAAUCAAUCAGGGCGCCCGACCUCUCCGAAUUUAUCAUCAAGUGGUCAGAAGGACACUGUCAGCAAUAGGGGACCAGUUGAGCCUGGUCCUUAUUUUUCACCUCGAGUCUUUUUGCCGAUAAAAUGAGUAUCGGGGUCGGCGUGGGCGACUUUAUCAAAAUCCUAGAGCUUGUUACUCAGGCUCGGAAACGGUUUGUGGAUGCGCCCAGUCAGUAUAAUGGCAUAUCAAAUGAUCUCAGAAACUUCUCGAACGUCGUCCAAGAUAUCGAUGUCCUUUUAUCAGGAUGCGAACCUAGACCCGAGCAGCGAGCAAAUCUACAAAGUAUCAAGGACGACUCCACCAGUCUUUUAAAAGAUUUGCUCCAGAGGCUUGACAAGGAUAGAGAAAUCGGGGCUUGCAGUACGAGUACGACCCAAUGUGUUAAGAAAGCUUGGAAAAGGUCUAUUUGGGACCUGGAUGACGUUUAAGGUUUUUGAAGUCGGAUAUUGCUCAAUCUCGCACUACUUAAUACAAUUAAGGGACAGUUAUCCAGUCAAAGAUCUUCCAGGAUUCAACAGGACCUUCAUCAUCUCACCGAGCAAUCGAACCAACAGGAACAACAUGAAAUCCUGAAGUGGAUUGGA